CUGAUUAACUACAGAUAUAAUACAGGUGAUGCUGGCAGCCUCUUCCGUUUACUUUUUAAAACAAGCACCUGACAACAACCUAGAAAGUUCACGCGCGUAAAUCCAAAAUGCCACGGCGGCAUUUAUUGAGUGCAUACGGUCUUGUGAUAUUAAUCUAUUUGACGGGUUUGAUAAGCAGCGCUGAGAUCAACAGAUAUGGCGGAAAAGCCUCGGCAGGUGUAGGCCGCGAGCGAUACGCGUUCUAUGCCAUGCGCAGCUGCCAUCAAGUCCUCCGCGAAGACAGCGGUGAGUUCUUCUCCCCUGAUUACCUGUGCUCACACCCCCCCGUGUGGUGUAACUGGACCAUCCAGGUGCCUCCUGGGAAGCGUCUGGAGCUCUACCUGGAGGACUUUACUCCCUCGGACGCCUGUCAGGAGAAGAGCGAUCAGAUCCACCUGGAUGAGUCUCCGGCGGCUGCGGGAGGGCAGAGGAUCCUGGAGAGGUGCUGGAGAGAGGCCAGGUACACCUCCGUGUCCAACACGGUUCAGGUGGUGCUGCUCAUUGCCGGGAACCGGCUUGUCCCCUACAGGGGCUUCUAUGGACGCUUUAAAGCUUUCGGAUCCCUGGAUUCUCCUGAUUCCAUGUAUGAAGAUGUGAUAGAAGCAGCAUUAGGAGAUGAUGAAGAUGAAACGGAUGCAAUGACAGAUUCUCCACCAGCUGGACUGACCAGCUCUGUGAAGUUUGGAUCCUCAGUGACCAAUGAAAAGAGUCCCGGGGAUUCAUCUCCUCACAUUCUAGCGCCUGGUUACAACGCGUCACAAGAAGCUGGUCCGUGGGCCGCUGAGACCCAGCAAGACCAACGCAAAAGUGGAGCGGCUCAAAUACGGCCCAGAUAUCAAGCGGCUUACGCAGACGUGACCCUCAGCGCACAGACGCGCAUGCCACAGGUCAAACCCGCCGCCCGCUCGCCAUCCACCAUGCGCAGGAAUGUGGACGCGCAGGAGCACUCCUCCGGUCAAACCGAGCUGGUCCGAGCCAGACUGACGCCUGAUGCUGGAGGAGUGAGGUGGGUAAAGGUGGAACAGCGGGACGACGAGGAAGGUGUUUCCAUUGAGAUGACAGCAACCAAGAGCAGUGUCACACUACCUGUAAUACAAAGCAAACCAAAAGAGAAAGCGCUCUACCAGCAAACCUCGCGAAAUGUCACCCACAACAGGCAUUUUCCUGGGGAGCUCUUGUUCGAGGUGAGUGUCGAGAUCAAUCUGGAGCCUGAACAUCAUGAAGAAUCCUCUUCUCUCAGGUCUGCUCUCGAGACCAUGAUACAAGAAGUGCUUGGACAUCUCACUCCAAAGAGGCUGGACUUCAAAAGAUUGAAGAAGUUGAGUUCUAGCGUGUUGUUCAUCGUGUGGCUGCAGGUUGAGAAGGCGGCUGUAGGGCAGCAGACACCCAGAGAUCUUCAGGCCAGGCUGCAGGGGCUGCAGGGCAGAACCAUCAAAUCCCAAACCACCCAAACACACGGCGUCAUUGCAUCCGUCUCUACUGAAGACAUCAAUGAGUGUGAGAUACAAAUGGUGGUGUGUGACGCUCACGCUGAGUGUGUGAAUCAGUUCGGAUCGUACUCCUGUCACUGUAUCCAUGGUUACCGUGAGGUUCCUCAUGGGCCGGGAGCCAGCGUUUGUGUGGCGUCUGCUGAACCUGACUGUAGUUGGACAUCAUCUCCCAGAAUCCUCAGGGGCGUUUACGCCGUCGUCAGCCUGAUCACGUUGCUCAUCGUGCUGUUGCUGUUGGUGGCGUUUCUUCUGUAUCAUCGAUCCUAUAGAGGCUCGUUCCUUCCUCGCUGCCAGAAAACGAGCACUAGCAGUGUCGUGGAAACCGCUGCUAGUGAUGAAGACAACAAUAACACAGGAAAUGAUGGUAGCGGUGGUGCGAACCCCUCCGUAUUCCCCCCACCUCCUCCACCCCUGAGGCUGGGCAAAGACGGCCACCGCUCUCUGGACCUGCCGUUAUUACGCUUCAGCUCUCUAGUGCCUCCUGAUGGAUUCAGAAGUAAAACACCUGCAGAGAAACACCAGCUUUGACUGUUUCACAGGGUUACUCUUGUCUGAGAGCACUGCCACUAAAUGCACUGCACCUCACCGAGUGUGAGACUUGUAUUUGUCAUUAAUAUAUUAUUUGUAUUAAUAAUUUAUUAUUAUUUGUAUUAGUGAGUUAUUUAAUUCCCUGCUGCUUUGUAUGUUAGUUUAUGAUUUAUAGAGAAUUGAUUUUUUUUUUCUUGUAUUUUAUUCUCUUUUUUUAGUCUAUUCUUGUAUUUUAGUUCACACAAGCUUUCUCACUCUUAGAAAUAGAAUUGAACAGAACUCAAAAGCACUUUGUGUACUUUGUGGUUUUGUCCAACUUAAUCUGUUUGUUUGUGAAAGACGACAUUGAGUGUGUUUGACAGAGAAAGAACGCAAGAAGGACUUUGGGAUCCUACAGGCAUGGAAAACGCCAACAUAUCAUAAAAACAUUAAAGACUAAAAUGCAGUGAAUAUCCACCUUAGUUUUUAAAGUAUAAGUGAGAAUGUGCGAGGCUUCCGGUGUCAGUUGCUUAGUUAUUUUAGCUGUACAAAGUCCAUUACGCUGCUGGAUGUUGCAAACUGGUAUUUAUCAUAUUUGAAUUUAUUACCGUAAUCAUAAACACUUACUGUAGUUUACCCCUAG